GCCAGUCCCCGCCCCUCCUCGCCUUGGAGACCGCCGCGCGAGGAACGGACCAGAGCCGGCCGCACUCUUUGCUGCGGGUGCGGCUGGUUCUCCCCCGUUCCGGGCGCGGCGGGCCAGCGGCUACCGAGUGCGUGCUUCACUCCUGCACGCACAGCUUGUGCUCUAUCGAGUAGGAUCCGCCGACGGGGAUUGAAAAUGGGGGAGUAGCUGCAGGAGGCGACCCCGCAACAGUGAGAGGUUUUUUUUUUUUUUGGUGGUGUGAAAAGGCGGAAUUAGAAAUGAACCAAAAACCAUUCACAGAUUAACAUUUUGAGACACUUCAUGAUGCCUGAUUCACCUUUGAAGUAAUGUGGAGAGAAGUUCUCAAAUUUGCAUAUUACAUCAACUGGAACCAGUGGCAUUAUCUUAAUGUUCACUUAAGUCAGAACUUCUUCAGGAAAAACAAUGGGAGUCUGGUUAAAUAAAGAUGCCUAUAUCAGAGACUUGAAAAGGGUCAUUCUCUGUUUUCUAUUAGUAUAUAUGGCCAUUUUAGUGGGUACAGAUCAGGAUUUUUACAGUUUACUUGGAGUAUCCAAAACUGCAAGCAGUAGAGAAAUAAGACAAGCUUUCAAGAAAUUGGCAUUGAAGCUACACCCUGAUAAAAACCCGAAUAACCCAAACGCACACAGUGAUUUUUUGAAAAUAAAUAAAGCAUAUGAAGUACUCAAAGAUGAAGAUCUGCGGAAAAAGUAUGACAAAUAUGGAGAAAAGGGACUUGCAGAUAAUCAAGGAGGAGGCCAGUAUGAAAGCUGGAAUUAUUAUCGUUAUGAUUUUGGCAUUUAUGACGAUGAUCCUGAAAUCAUAACAUUGGAUAGAAGUGAAUUUGAUGCUGCUGUUAAUUCUGGAGAACUGUGGUUUGUGAACUUUUACUCUUCAGGGUGUUCGCACUGCCAUGAUUUAGCUCCCACAUGGAGAGACUUUGCUAGAGAAAUGGAUGGAUUGCUUCGAAUUGGAGCUGUUAAUUGUGGCGACGAUAGGAUGCUUUGCCGAAUGAAAGGAGUCAGCAGUUAUCCCAGCCUCUUCAUUUUUAGGUCUGGAAUGGCUGCAGUAAAGUACCACGGUGACAGAUCAAAGGAAAGUUUGGUGAAUUUCGCUAUGCAGUAUGUUAGAAGCACAGUGACAGAAUUAUGGACAGGAAAUUUCGUUAACUCCAUUCAAACUGCGUUUGCUGCUGGUAUUGGCUGGCUGAUCACUUUUUGUUCCAAAGGAGGAGAUUGUUUGACUUCACAGACACGUCUCAGGUUAAGUGGUAUGUUGGAUGGUCUUGUUAAUGUAGGAUGGAUGGACUGUGCCACCCAGGACAACCUUUGUAAAAGUUUAGAUAUUACAACAAGUACUACUGCCUAUUUUCCUCCUGGAGCCACUUUAAAUAACAAAGAGAAAAGCAGUAUUUUGUUUCUUAAUUCUUUGGAUGCUAAAGAAAUAUAUUUGGAAAUAAUGCAUAAUCUUCCAGAUUUUGAACUACUUUCAGCAAACACACUAGAGGAUCGUUUGGCUCAUCAUCGGUGGCUCUUAUUUUUUUACUUUGGAAGAAAUGAAUUUUCAAAUGAUCCUGAGUUGAAGAAACUAAAAACUCUACUUAAAAAUGAACAUAUUCAAGUUGGCAAGUUUGACUGUUCCUCUGCAGCAGACAUCUGUAGUAAUCUCUAUGUUUUUCAGCCAUGUCUAGCAGUAUUUAAAGGACAAGGAACCAAAGAAUUUGAAAUUCAUCAUGGAAAGAAGAUUUUAUAUGAUAUACUUGCCUUUGCCAAAGAAAGUGUUAAUUCUCAUGUUACCACACUUGGACCUCAAAAUUUUCCCACCAGUGACAAAGAACCAUGGCUAGUUGAUUUUUUUGCUCCUUGGUGUCCACCAUGUCGAGCUUUAUUGCCAGAGUUACGAAAAGCAUCAAAGCAUCUUUAUGGUCAGCUUAAGUUUGGUACACUAGAUUGUACAGUUCACGAGGGACUCUGUAACAUGUAUAACAUUCAAGCUUAUCCAACAACAGUGGUGUUCAACCAGUCCAACAUUCAUGAGUAUGAAGGUCAUCACUCUGCUGAACAGAUCUUGGAGUUCGUAGAGGAUCUUAUGAAUCCUUCAGUGGUCUCCUUGACACCCACCACUUUUGAUGAACUAGUUAGACAAAGAAAACCUGACGAAGUCUGGAUGGUUGAUUUCUAUUCUCCAUGGUGUCAUCCAUGUCAAGUCUUAAUGCCAGAAUGGAAAAGAAUGGCCCGGACAUUAACUGGACUGAUCAAUGUGGGCAGUAUAGACUGCCAGCAAUAUCAUUCUUUAUGUGCCCAAGAAAAUGUUCGGAGAUAUCCUGAGAUAAGAUUUUUUCCCCAAAAAUCAAAUAAAGCUUAUCAGUAUCAUAGUUACAGUGGUUGGAAUAGGGAUGCUUAUUCCCUGAGAAUCUGGGGUCUAGGAUUUUUACCUCAAGCAUCUAUAGAUCUAACACCUCAGACUUUCAAUGAAAAAGUUUUACAAGGGAAAAGCCACUGGGUGGUUGAUUUCUAUGCUCCUUGGUGUGGACCUUGCCAAAACUUUGCUCCAGAGUUUGAGCUCUUAGCUAGGAUGGUUAAGGAAAAAGUGAAAGCUGGAAAAGUAGACUGUCAGGCUUAUGCCCAAACCUGCCAGAAAGCUGGUAUCAGAGCCUAUCCAACUGUUAAAUUUUAUCCCUAUGAAGGGACAAGGAGAAAUAUUUGGGGAGAGCAAAUAGAUUCCAGAGAUGCUAAAGAGAUUACUACCUUAAUAUAUGAAAAAUUGGAAAAUCUCCAAAAUCAUGGAAAGAGAAAUAAGGAUGAACUUUAGUGAUGUUGAAAAUGAAGAUAUUAACAGAUGGUAUCAGAAGAGACCUGUUCAGAAUGUUACUUCAUUCUUGAUGAGAAUAAAUGAACGUUACCUUGGACUUGUGAUUGCACCACCUGAGUUCUGUACAACUACCGGGUCUGCAGACUUUUCUGUAAAUGUCCAGACCAUAAAUAUUUUAGGCUUUGUAGACCAUAUAUGGUUUUUGUCACAUAGUCUUUGUUUCUGUUUUGUUUACAACCCUUUAAAAAUUGUAGAAACCAUUCUUAGCUCAGGGCCAUACACAAAUAGGCCAGUCACAAGCCACAUUCAGCCCAUGACCACAGAUUGCCGACUCCUGGGAAGAUAUUUAGACUGGCUCAGAUAUGAACCUGCUCUGUGAUCUACAUACACACAGAUUUAUCCAAGUGUAUUUUAUCACAAAGUUUGAGGUUGGCCUGAAAAGACAACUUGGUUUUCAGUUACCUGUUCUAAGAAUUCUCUAAAAUUGAUUCCCUGAUCAUAUAUUUUCAUUUAAAAAACAUACAGUGUGGGAAAGUAAACAGACACCCUAUUGUCAUGCUAUAUUGUAGUAAAGAGAUUCUUCAUUUUUUUGUUGUUGUUGUUUGCUUUCUGAAGGUUGAAUUUAUUUUAGUUUUCACUUGAGAAAAAAAUUUUGCAACAAUAAAGAAAUCCUCUCGAUUUCUACAGCAUCCAUAAGUAUGUAACAGGAAAAAAUAUUUAUAGCAAUUAACUGGUCAUUGUACAGUAUCCCAAAUUAAAGUAUUUUGAGUUCUAUGUUUUAAAGA